GCUCCCACACCCUCUGUCCUGUUCACCAGAAACCACAGUCAGUGUGAGCAGCUGAAACCCAGAAGAACCUCUGCAGAUACAGCAGUACCUCAACAGCUCCAGGAGAAGGGAUUUUGGGUUGUGCUAACAUGGCAUCUCUGAAAACUGUGCUUUAUCUGGGAGUCUGUCUGUCUGCUUGGAUCAUCACUACAGCAGAUGGGAACAUUGUGCCCAAAGCAGAGAACGUACGCUGGGUGUCUCUGGACUUUAAAACCAUCCUCAAGUGGACUACCACACCAUCUGACUACAAAUACACUGUCCAGUACUCUAGAUCAGGAGGAACAAUUGUUCAUGAUAGGACUAAAAGCAUUCAUGUUUUCCUCCAGCGAUAAUGGUGACUGGCUGGACAUUGUCGACUGCAUCCAAGUGUCAGGAUCAGAAUGUGAUCUGACCAACAACCUUGAAGACUUCGACAGGACCUUCACUGCUGACGUCAAAACAGAGGCUGAGAACGUGGAAUAUGACUACGACGAGCUCCCUCACACCUAUUCCCCGCAGUUCAACCCCUAUAAAGACAGUAACAUCAGUGCUGUGAACUUCACUGUGGAGGCUGUAGAUGAGAGAACAGUAAUUGUCAACAUCACAGAUCCUCUGACUGGUAUUCACCGGCGUGGGAAGCAGCUCAGCCUCAGAGACGUUUUCAAAAAGGAGCUCAACUAUAAGAUCAGCUACUACAAGUCUGAAAGUACCAACAAGAGAGACAACAUAUCUGAAUCCAGUACAGCAGAGGUGUCGACGCUGGAUGCAGGACAGAGUUACUGCUUCAUGGUGGCAGCUUCCAUCCGCAACAGACCCGAAAGCACCAAGCUGGGAGCCUGGAGCAAACAGAAGUGUACACCUGGAACCACUAACGGUCUGCAAGAGUUGAGCCUCGGUGCGUGGGUCGGUGCAGUCUUCAUCCUUCUCACGGUCCUCAUCAUCAUCGUUACGGUGACGGUCCUCUGCUGCAGAUGCUGCCGACAAAGAAACACAUCUCAACAAUCAUCGGCACCUAUUUAGUGUGUGUGUGUGUGUGUCUGUAUGUGUGUGCGUAGGGGUGUGUGUGUGGGAGCUGGUCUCCCUUUCCUCUCUCCUCUCUGUUUCUAGGAGAACAUUACUUUACACUGCUGUGCUCUUUGUUUACAGUGUGUUGUCGUCAUUAGUUUUUUUUAUUUCACAUUUGAAUUUACAUUAAGACUUCUGCUUCUGAGGUCAUGCUGCACCAACUGUGCAUUUAUUACAUUUAUUCUAUGUGUGUGAAUGACUCAUGUGGACUCAUGAUCAUCAGCAACAGUUCCAACUGGAAGACUUUUGUCAGCAGCUAAUUAAGAAGAUUUAAAAUGUGAUACCAGUUAGAUUGUUUAAUCUUACAUUAUCUUCUUCUUUUAACCCGUCAUGUUAAUCCAGUUGCCCCUCACUCUAUUUCCUCUAAACAUGUGUUUCCAUUCAUUGUUCUUAUUCAAUUCAACUUUCCCCUCACAGUUCUGUCAGGACCAAAUAGGAGUGACCACUAAAAAGGACAGUAAAUGAAGAGCUGUAGUGGCACCAAGUGGCUGCCCCGUAAAACUACAAAAACAUCAGCAUAACUCAUCGCUGCAAAUCCAUAUUCAUAUAUUAUGCUUUUAGUCUUACGUGUUGGAGCUCAUUUGGAUGAACUUUUGUUGAUCAAAAGGAUGGAAAAGCAAUAAAACAUUAAAAAUAAAAAAGGUUCUCCAGA